CUCCAGGAGCAUGACAUCGAGACCCCCUACGGACUGCUCCAUGUGGUCAUUCGGGGGUCUCCCAAGGGAAAUCGCCCGGCCCUCCUGACCUACCAUGACGUGGGACUCAAUCACAAGCUUUGUUUCAACACGUUCUUCAACUUCGAGGACAUGCAGGAGAUCACCAAGCACUUCGUUGUGUGCCAUGUGGAUGCUCCUGGGCAGCAGGCGGGGGCCUCUCAGUUCCCUCAAGGGUACCAGUAUCCUUCCAUGGACCAGUUGGCAGCUAUGCUGCCCAGCGUGGUCCAGCACUUUGGGUUCAAGUACGUGAUCGGGAUCGGCGUGGGCGCAGGGGCGUACGUGCUGGCCAAGUUCGCUCUGAUCUUCCCAGAGAUGGUCGAAGGCCUUGUUCUGAUCAAUGUCGACCCCAACAGCAAAGGCUGGAUUGACUGGGCAGCCACCAAGAUCUCUGGCCUGACCAGCACCCUCCCUGACACUGUGCUCUCCCACCUUUUCAGCCAGGAGGAGUUGGUGAGUAACACGGAGCUGGUGCAAAGCUACCGCCAGCAGAUCGGGAGUCUGGUGAACCAGUUCAACCUCCAUCUCUUCUGGAACAUGUACAACAGGUAGGUCUAAAGGAAGCGU